AUGGUCAAUUUUAUGAGGAAUACCCGGAACAACACAUGUAAGAAAACUUGGAGCUGGUUACGAAAAGCAAACUCGAAGAUACAAACAGAAGCACUUAUUUGUGCAGGCCAGGAACAGGCUCACAGGACCAACCAUGUAACUGAUAAUACGUUAACUGCAAGACGGUGUGAGUCCCCCUUGUGUAGGCAAUGUGGCGAGAGUGUAAACCAUAUUGUCUGUGAAUGUAAAAAGUUAGCCCAAAGGGAAUAUAAACAGAGACAUGACAAUAUUGCAAAAGUAGUUUAUUGGAAGUUAUGUGAGAAAUAA